UUUUACAACUAGCGUUUAUCUGUUAGAUUUUUUUUUUCUAAGUAUUAUUUUUUUGGUUUCCUCUCUAAUUAUUAAUUAACGAACGGAAGCAAAAGGAGAGAGACAGUGAGUCUGUGUGUGUGUGUGUAUAUAUAAAGAGACAGAGAGAGUGCUUUCUUUCUUCUAAUUAAGUGAAGUUAUGUUUCGUACUUCGCUUUCGGCUUCUCGCCGGCUCGCCGGAAUUUUGUAAUCGUCGGUCAUAAAUAGAAGAACGGGAAAAAAAGGAAAAAGAGCAGGAAAAUUAUUUAAUCGAGGCUGAAGUGAAAAUUAUUUAAUCAGAAGGCUUUAUUAUCAGAUCUUAUGAUAAUUUAGUCUCCGUUUACCUUUUUCAAUCUUGAAAUCUUUUCCAACUUUAAGCUUUUGCUUUUAGUAGUGGAAAGAAAAAAUGGGAGUGAAAGUAGUAGCAGGCGGAACCUGUUUUCAAUGGUCACAGCCGGUUAUGCCUCAUUCUCCAUCGGCUUCACAAACCCUAGCUUCUGCUAUCUCUUCUCCUUCUUCAAAAAGACGGUGCCGUUCCGAUGGAACUGGAACUCUUGUGUGCCGAUACGUACAGAGAGUAGACCGUUUUUCUCUGUUUGGUACGUCUUCAUCAACCCCGCAUCUUCACAGGUCUGGAUCUUUUGAAUAUCCUAAAUCAACAAGAAGCGAUAGAAUUAAAAGAGCUUGCAGUGCAAGCUUAGAUGCUUUCUCCGACGAAGAAUUUUCUAAGAAAAUCCAAGAAUUAGCUCUCAGAUUCCAGAAUAAUGAAGUUGAUUCAGAUACUCAUUCUACUAAUAAUAAUGAUGUCAUGAUUGAAGAAGAAGAAGCUUCAAGCUCACAGAAUCAUAAUGAGAGAGGAGUAUUUGGUGCUGAUUCUGUAGAUUGGUCGGAAAUUGAACGCAAGGCAAACAGUGUGGAGCUUCCGCUUUCUCUACGAAUGAUAAAGAGAAAGAUGCGGUGGCAAGAAGAGUUCAGGGAAUCUGCUUAUUGUUCGGUUAAAAAGGCGUUUUCUUCAAUGGUUUUUAUAAUUCGAGAGCUCCAUAGCUAUACUCUGCAAAUGAGAGAGUUGUUAUUUACUCAAGAUUUACAAGGAGUUCUUGUCCGCGUACAGAAAGAGAUGCACGCUUCUUUCGUUUGGUUAUUUCAGCAAGUUUUUUCACAUACUCCUACUCUUAUGGUUUAUGUGAUGAUUCUGCUUGCUAACUUUACAGUUUAUUCUAUGGGUAGUAACAUUGCAAUUGCAGCUUCACCACCACCUGCUGCUUAUGCAACUGCAACAGAAAGCGUUGAAAUUCGAGACCAGAAGUUUGAUUCUUCAUCAGUGAAGACGUUUUUGGUAUCCUCUUCCUCUGAUGGUAAAUCAACUUCUAUUGGCGGUAGCAAUGGCAGCGGUGGUGGUAAGAUUCGGCCGGUUGGAAGUGGAACUGAUGGAUGGUUCGAUGGCUCGAACCAAUUUAGAACAAUAGUCCCUGACGGUGCUUCCCAACUGUCAUCUCCCGGGGAAGCAGAGGAAUCGGUAUCAGGCCAAGAAACUAGAGAAGAAGAGUCAAGUCUAUGGAAUUCUAUUGUGGACGAAGCUUGGAAAAUGCAAGCGUCAUUGAGAGAUGGCUCUCUUGAUCGUGAAACUGUGCAGAGAUUUGUUUCACCUAUCAAAGCAAUUGUCGAGCCUGAUGAUUAUUCAGCAUAUUUGACAACAGAGCUAUUCUAUCAAACUGGGUUAUCACAGGACCCUAACAAUCCUCUCCUGCUUACCAAUUAUGCUCAAUUUCUCUGCCUCGUAGCCCAAGAUUACGAUAGAGCAGAGGAGUACUUUAAGAGAGCAAUAGCAGUGGAGCCACCAGACGCUGAAGCAUACAGUAAAUAUGCAAGCUUUCUAUGGAGAGUGAGAAAUGAUCUGUGGGCAGCAGAGGAAACUUUCUUGGAAGCCAUUAACGCUGAUCCUACAAACACAUACUAUGCAGGCAAUUAUGCUCAUUUCCUAUGGAACACCGGUGGAGAAGACACUUGUUUCCCUCUAAACUCCCAAGAUAACACCCAAGAAAUCUAAUACACUUGAAAAAGAACAGAACCAAAGAAAACAAAAAACAAAAAUAAAUAAAUAAAUCCUCUUGGCUGGAUGACUACAACACCCUGUCUUAGUUAUCACUUAUCGGUUCACACCCAUCUCUUUAUUUUCCACCUAUUGACUAGAUAAUAAGAAUAGAAACAAAAGAAAGAAAGUAAAGAAAAGAAAAAGAGAAUUUGUUGUUAUUUAUUAUUAUUAUUAUUAUUAUUAUUAAGUAUUAUUUUUGGUCCCUCUGAAAAUUGCUUUUGUUUUGGGUUUAUUUAUUAAUUGGUGGAGAUAUCUAAAGAGAGGGUGUGGGAUGGGGGAGAUGACCCAGGGAGGGAAGUUGGGAACAAAGAAAUAAUCGGAAGUGGCAAGUGGUGUGCUCUGAACUGAAGAGAGAGAUAUCUCAAUUGGCGGAGUUUUUGAUGUAUUUCAUUUCCUUUUAGUGACAUAACCCACAUGGCAAAGUGUAAUUAUUCAAUUUGUUAAUAGAUUGCCAUUUUCAAUUAGGCUAUUAUGCGUA